UAUACCAACGGCAAACAGAAAGAAGCAGGAAAGGACACCGCGGUUCAGGGAACCAACGACAGCAGUGUGGUGAGCAAGGUGUCCGCUGCAGCAAGGAGCUACUUCCAGGACGUCUUCCUUCAACACUUUGUGUGGAAAGUGGCCAGGAGAGCCCCGCUCAUCAACAGGGGGUACUAUGUGCGCUGGAAAGCUGUGGACCACUGUGUGAGAACCUUCCUCCACAUUACUGAAAACUGCCCCAAGAGACAGAUUCUUCCUUUGGGCGCAGGGUGCCUCCACGCAGAUGAAGCACUUGACGGGGCUGUUGUGUUUGAAGUCGAUUUUCCCGACGUCGCCCGGCACAAGGCGGCCCUGAUUCGUUCCAAUGAUGCACUGAGGGGGCUGUUAGAACCCCAUUUAGCUUCUCCGACAGGACCUGUGUACGUGUCCAGUGGUCACUACCAUCUGCUCGGGGUGGACGUUAGAGAGGAGUCCCGGGUGGAAGAGGCUCUGGGUGCAGCUGGUCUGGACUGGGCUGCCCCCACUCUAAUUCUCUCUGAAGUGGUGCUCACCUACAUGGAAACACAAUGGUCAGAUGCUGUCAUUAGUUGGGUGGCAAAGCUCCUCCCCCAGUCCCUCUUUGCCAUGUAUGAGCAGAUACAACCACGCGAUCCCUUUGGUCGCAUCAUGCAAGAUCAUUUCCUCAAACUGAAGAGUAACCCUGGACACCAAGGUCCACCUGGUCCUCUCGACUCAGAGGACGGAGACCCGGGAAAGCUUUGUGUCGAGCAGGUGGUCUGUACAGGUGAUUCACCAGCGACCCGAUGGAGGCACACUGCUGCUAUAGUCAGUCACACAGGCAAAAGCUUUCUGUUUGUGUUUGGUGGAAAGACAGAAUCGGAGGCAGCUCUGGGUGACGGCUACUUCCUGCUCUAUUCUGUCCCAGGAGGCCUCUCCUGGGACAGAAUAGAGCUGCGGCCCUCUCCUGUUCCCAGGUACUCUCACUCUGCCCACAUGAUUGGGGAAAAUCUGGUUGUGGUUGGUGGAGUCUGGCUGCAUUCAGAUGGUGUACCGGGCGUCAUGAUGAUCGACCUCGCCACGCGCAGCACUUUGGAGUUCAGCCUGGACACGACCUCGGUGCCGUGGCCGCUGAUGCUCCACUCAUUCUGCUCCGAGCUGACGGAGUCUGAAGAACCAGAGCUGCUCCUGAUGGGUGGGGGAGGAAACUGUUUCUCUUUUGGGACCCACUUCAACCUUCAGCCGGUCACUAUGGACCUCAGACCUGCACUAGGAUGAAGUAGCUUAAAGUGUCUCUGUGUGACUGAAAGCUACUGAAAUCAGCGACAAAAAGUUACUGUGAGGAACUUUUAUCUGGUUCUGAAACAGUCUCAGUCUAAUGCUGAUGCUUCGAUAUGACCCCCGUAAUUAAACAAGACCGUCGGAGAGAAGAUCGGCUAUUUCUAUGUAGUUAUUCUUAAUGCUUGUCAGCGGUGCGACCGGUUCGCUGCUCCGCCGGUUUGCUGCUCCGCCGGUCCCCGCUGGGAGCCAACAGCUACACCACAUUGCUGGGCCCGCUGGGGGGAAUGGAGGCACGAGAGAACCAGGACUGGAAGUUGCAGACUAUCAAACUCUGCUGCAGUAGAAUGAGAGGUUUUUGAAAGGGAAACAGAAACCACCUUUGUCCACAGGGGCUGCCAAAGUCCACAUAAAAUGAAAGUUCCUAAAGGAAAGUAGCUUUUAAACUGAGAAGGUUCAAAAGACAUUAACAACUCAUGUAUGAAAAAGUCUGCUUACUGUUCAUUUUUUUAUUAUUAUGUGUGAGACCUCAGUUCCCAAUCACAAAAUAGUAAAUUAAAAUCUAAGUAAAAUAUCAA